GUGGGUUCAUGGAAGGAACGGCAAACUGCCCGCUAUUGAUUGUUUUGGCUUGGGAGAUCUUGAUAUUAGUAUGGGUUUUGCAUUUGUUAAUUUGUUUUGAUAUCAUUUUCUGAGUUUAGUAUUUUUCCGGGUCAUUUUUUGACAUAACGCAACCAUUGCAAAACAUGUAGAUCAUGCAAGUCAUCCUUGCAGCACCGGCAUGUCGAUCUGAGCCAAAGCUGUGAUGAGGUCCGCCAAAGGAGGUUGGCGAAGAACACCUUUUUACUUGUUGGCAUCCGUGCUCAGCGGGCAGAUCCUAUGGCUCAAUCCCAUUCUUAAAGGGGGCGAGCGUCGAGGAGUAGCAGCCCAGGCCAAGAAAAAGAAGAGCAUAGAACCUGAGUUCAAGAUAACUCCUCGAGCAGAGGACUGGUCUUCAUGGUACCUUGAUGUUAUUGCAGCCGCAGAUCUCAUUGAUGAGUCACCUGUGCGAGGCUGCAAAAUACUGAAGCCAAAUGGUUUUGCUGUGUGGGAAGGUAUCCAACGGCUUCUAGAUCCCGAGAUAAAGGCUAUGGGCGUCCAGAAUGCCUACUUUCCUUUGCUGAUCCCUGUGAGCUUUUUGAGCAAAGAAGCUACGCAUGUGGAUGGAUUCGCAAAGGAGUGUGCCGUAGUGACCCAUCACCGACUGCGCAGUGUGCAGAAGAAGGCCGGUGAGGAAAGCGGAGCUUUGGUUGAGGUUGACCCGGAAAGCGAACUUACGGAUCCAUACGUUGU